AUGAAGAAUAAUUCAAAUACCAAACUUAUCCUCCUCCACCCUUCUCUCCAAAAACAACCCCCAACACCAUCCUUUCUCUCUCACCGCCUCUGUCUCUCCUUCUUCCUCAUCACUUUCUUCACCACACUCUUCAUCCUCUCUCUCAUUACAACCAUCUCCACAUCCGCCGCCAACUCCGCCGCAUCCUCCGCCUCCUCCCCUCUCCCACUCUCCGUAACCAAAGCCCUCCUCCACUACGCUUCCCUCUCGAACUCCACCAAAUCCAUGUCCUUCAACGAGAUCAACUCCAUAGCAACGACUCUUCAUCUCACACCAAACCCAAACUUCCUCAUCUUCGGUCUUACCCACGAGUCACUCCUCUGGUCUGCACUAAACCACAAUGGUCGCACUGUUUUCGUCGAUGAAAACGAAUACAUGAUCUCGAAAUUCGAACAGUCCAACCCCGGAAUCGAAGCUUAUGAUGUUCAGUUCACAACUAAAGUUAGCGACUAUCCCAAGCUUCUUUCUCAGGCGAGAGAUGACUCCAAACAUGACUGCAAACCGGUGCAGAAUCUCUUGUUCUCGGAAUGCAAACUCGGAAUCAACGACUUACCGAAUCAUAUAUACCAAAUCUCUUGGGAUGUGAUUCUUGUGGAUGGGCCAAGAGGGUACUUUGCGGCGGCUCCGGGGAGAAUGUCGGCGAUUUUCACGGCGGGGGUGUUGGCUCGGAGUAAUAAGAAAGUGGGGAAAACUCAUGUUUUCGUCCAUGAUUUUGAGAGAGAGGUUGAGAAGAUUUUCAGCUAUGAGUUUCUUUGUGAAGAGAAUUUGGUUAAGAAUGUGGAUCAGUUGGGGCACUUUGUGGUGAAGAGUGAAAGCGACAACGGUGGAAGUUCUGAGUUUUGCACAAAUUACAGUUCUCCAUUGUCUGUGUCGGCGUCAAAGGAUGUUGACUGA